AUGCUGAACAAUCUCGGUAGAACUGCUUCUCACGCAGGAUGUGGCUUUUAUGCUCGUUCAUUAAUGUAUCCAUUGACUUCAAAAGAAAUAAUGUCUGGAUUAUUGGUUUAUCCAAAUCGUGACAUCACAAAUAUUGUUGAAUCAUCCCAUUAUCAAAAAAUUGGUGGAUGGUGUAGACAAGGUGCUGUAAAUGCAGCCAAAUGUAAAGGUGCACAUCGUUGGAUUAAACCAUUUAGAUGUCUGGAAGGACCUUUCCAAUCGGACGCACUUUUAGUACCAGAAGGAUGUCUUUUCGAUCAUAUUCAUAAUGCGUCACGAUGCUGGCCAUUCGUAAGAUGGAAUCAAACUGGAGCUGCUGCAUGUCAAGAACGUGGAAUGCAAAUGAGAAGUUUUGCAAUGCUUUUACCAUGUGGUAUUUCUUUGUUCUCUGGUGUUGAAUUUGUUUGCUGUCCAAAACAUUUUAAAGAAACCGUCCGUGUUAAGAAAACUGAUUUACCAGUCAUUGUUCCUGAAGAAGUGAUUCCAUCAGUUGAUGAAGAUGCAUCUGAUGAUUCACAAGAUGAUGACGAUGAAGAUGCUAUGGAUAAUGAAGAUAGUAUGUUAGCUGAUGAAGCAUCCAAUAAUGAUGAUGAAGAAGCCGAAGAGGAAGAAGAUGGUGAUUAUGAUUCAAGUGAAGAUUUUGAAAGUGAAAAUACUGGUGAUGAACAAAAUGAUAGUUGGGAUACAAUAAGUACACAAAAGGGUGCGGGACCAUUAAGUGGAACAACAAGUACAACGACAUCUAGUUCAAUUAUUGUUACUAAUUCUCAAACAAAAACAAAUGAUAAUAAUGGUUCCGGUAAUACACAAAAUUCAAAUAAUUCAGGCAAUAAUAAUAAUAUUGCUCCAGUGGCCCAAGCACAAGCACAGUCAACUUCAACAAGUCAACCAACUGUUGACCCAUAUUUUACACACUUCGAUCCAAGAUUGGAACAUCAGAGCUACAAAGUAAGUCGCAAAGAGGCACAACAGCGCAUUGAAGAAACACACCGUGAAAAAGUCACCAAGGUUAUGAAGGAUUGGUCCGAUUUGGAAGAAAAAUAUCAGGAUAUGAGAUUGGCUGAUCCCAAAGCUGCUGCAACAUUUAAACAAAGAAUGACUGCUCGAUUCCAGACUUCUGUUCAGGCACUCGAAGAAGAAGGCAAUGCAGAAAAACACCAAUUAGCUGCUAUGCAUCAACAGCGUGUUUUGGCACAUAUUAAUCAAAGAAAACGUGAAGCAAUGACUUGUUAUACACAAGCUUUAACAGAACAACCACCAAAUGCACAUCGAGUUGAAAAAUGUUUACAAAAAUUAUUAAGAGCUUUACAUAAGGAUCGAGCUCAUGCUUUAGCUCAUUAUCGUCAUCUUUUGAAUUCUGGCGGUUCAGGUGGUUUAGAUGCAGCAGCAUCAGAACGUCCAAGAACACUAGAACGUUUAAUUGAUAUUGAUCGUGCCGUUAACCAAUCAAUGACUAUGUUAAAACGUUAUCCUGAUCUUUCAGCUAAAAUUUCACAAUUAAUGAAUGAUUAUAUUCAAGCUUUACGUAGUAAAGAUGAUAUUCCCGGAUCUAUGUUAGGAAUGAGUGAAGAAGCUGAGGCACAAAUUUUAGAUAAAUAUCGUAUUGAAAUUGAACGUAAAGUUAGCGAAAAAGAAAGACAACGUUUAGCUGAAAAACAACGUAAAGAACAAAGAGCAGCUGAAAGAGAAAAAUUACGUGAAGAAAAAUUGCGAAUGGAAGCAAAAAAAUUAGAUGCUUUAGUUAAAGAAGAACAAGAAAAAGAAAAGGAAAAAGAACAAAGAGAGAAAGAUGUUGAAGCUGCUGUUAUUGGUAAAAAUGCUGAAACUGAAGCUAAUGUUAAAGAAGCACAAACAAGUGAAAUUACAACAAGUGCUAAACCAACUGAAUCUGUCCAACCAACAGUAAUUAAUGAAGAUAUUCAAGGUAAUUUUGAAGAUUCUGUUGCAGCAAUUGCCCAUAAAGUAGCUGAACCAAAAGUUCAACAUGCACAAGCACAUGAUUUUGGUCAUGGAGAACCGAACUUUGCGAUGCGUCAUGAAAUCUUUAAUACAUCAAAUCGAGAAGGUAGAAAUGUCUACUUUACUUUAGCAUUUGCAGGUGUAGCGCUUAUGGCAGCAGUAUUUGUUGGUAUUGCCGUUGCAAAAUGGAGAACAGCUCGCUCCCCUCAUUCACAAGGUUUUAUUGAAGUUGACCAGACCGCAUGCAAUAUGCCAGUUACACCAGAGGAACGACACGUAGCGAAUAUGCAAAUAAAUGGUUAUGAAAAUCCAACUUAUAAAUAUUUCGAAGUGAAAGAAUAAGCUAUAUAUGAAUAUAUUAAAUACAAUAAAUUAAAAACAUUAUAAUAAAAAAUAAAAAUAUUAAUAAUAAAAUUAAUAAAUUAAAAAAAAAAAAACGUAACACUCAAUAAUUAUUUAAUUUUUUUAAAAUGAAGAAGAUUUGUGUAUAAAAAAAAAUGAAAUGAAAAAAUUUAAUAUUAAUAAUAAAUAAAGUAAUAUAA